UUCUAUAGAUAUAUAGACGGAACAAAGCACUGUCAAGAAUUCACUUUUCGGCUGUGGAUAUACUAAUCGGAAACGAAAACUUUACACGUGAAAGCAGAGAUUUGCGAACAUUUGUCUUCAUCACAAGAAUCGUAUAAAAACUAGUUAAACUCACUAGUUGUUUUGGGAGAAUAGACUAGAUAAAGUAAUUGAGUAGAAGAAUGGUGUUAUCACAUUCAAUUGCGUCCGACGGGACUCACAUUUUCCAUAAUUCCAUUGCUAAAAAGUAUCUUUUCUUGAAUGGUAAUACUGGGAUUGAAGUUUCGGAUUCAUUGCCAACGAUUUAUGCUAAAACCAAUAUAGGUAGCUCGACUGCGGCUAUUUCCUGUAUUCUUGGGGUGAUUAAGUUGAAGAUUAACAAGUAUGUUAUAGUUGUUGAUAAACAUUCUAUUAGUGGGUCUAUUACUGGUAAGAAGAUUGCUAAAGUUGAAUCAUUUAGAAUAUUACCCUUGAAUAAUGAUUCUAUUUCGAAGAAGAGCUCAGAGGAAAACCACUAUUUGGAUUUACUUAGUCAGCAUUUGACCAAUGCUACCUUGUAUUUUUCUGUUGACAACUCUUAUGAUUUAACCAAUUCAUUACAAAAACAAUACGUUAAUUCAAAUCAGGACUCUCCUUUAACCUACGAUAAAAGAUUUUGGUGGAAUUAUUAUAUUUCUGAAGAGUUAUUGAGUAAUCAAGCUACUGAUUUUGUCACUCCGGUUAUUUAUGGUUAUUUCAAAUCUCACAGUACUAUUUUCAAAGGUAGUCAAUCAUUAGAAUUUGCUUUAAUAACCCGUAGGUCUAAUAAAAGAGCCGGAACCAGGUAUUUCCGUCGUGGGAUCGACUUGGAAGGUAACGUUGCCAAUUUCAAUGAAACCGAGCAAGUUUUCACUUCGAAUGAUGGUCAACUUUUUUCAUUUUUACAAACAAGAGGUUCGGUUCCUGUUUAUUGGGCUGAAAUCAAUAAUUUGAAGUAUAAGCCUAAUUUGGUUAUCUCAUCCCAACCAGCUUUAGAUGCCACUGCUAAACAUUUUGAAGAACAAGUUGAUUUAUAUGGUGAUAAUUAUCUUGUGAACUUAGUCAACCAAAAGGGUUAUGAAUUACCAGUGAAGGAAGGUUAUGAAAGUGCCGUUGAAAAUCUUCCUCCACAUUUGAAUGAAAAAGUGAAGUAUAUCUAUUUUGAUUUCCAUCAUGAAUGUAGUAAAAUGAGAUGGGACAGAGUUAAGUUAUUGAUUGAUCAUUUAGUAAAAUUGGGUUUCACUUCAGAUAAUUAUUUCCAUUAUGAUAUUAAAAAUGGUCAAAUUCUUUCAGUACAAGAUAAAGUGGUUAGAACUAACUGUAUGGAUUGCUUGGAUCGUACUAACGUCGUUCAAUCUACUUUGGCUCGUUGGGUCUUACAAAAUCAAUUAUCUAAAACAGGUUAUUUACCUGCAAAUAAUAUGACUCCUUGGGAAAUUUUAGAUCCUCAAUUCAAUCUAUUCUUUCAAAGUUUCUGGGCGGAUAACGCUGAUGCUGUUUCCUUUGCUUACUCGGGUACCGGUGCUUUGAAAACUGAUUAUACUCGUACUGGUAAGAGAACUAAAGUUGGUGCUCUUAAUGAUUUGAAUAACUCCAUCGUUCGUUACUAUAAAAAUAACUACACCGAUGGUGCCCGUCAAGACUCCUAUGAUUUAUUCUUGGGUAUCUUUAAACCACAUCAAGAUGCUGUCAAUACUCCAUUCAUUGAUAAGAGACCUCCUUACAUUCAACUAUUACCUUAUCUAAUGGGCACUUCCUUAUUGGUUUUCUUAGCCAUCUUAUGGUAUCCAAGGGGCUCGGUCUUAAAUUGGAAAAACUUAUUGGUUAUUAGUGGGUGCAUCCUUUUCAAUAUUAAAAGCUUGCUUUAUAUUCACACCGAAGGGUACCAAUUUGUCAAUUGGCCCAAAUUAUACCAAUUGGAUUACUUGAAAAAAAGUGACGUUUUCGACGCUGAAGGUAAAUUUGUCGGUAUCAAGUAUGAAGAACAAGAUAACUUCAAAACAAUUGGCAAAAAGAAAAACUAAUCUGUAUUCUAUUCUUCAAACUGUCUUUUACAAUCUUUCUACUGUGCUUUGUACUGUUAUAUUUGUGUUUUUUCUUC